AUGUACUGGAACUUAUAUAUAAUCUUCAUGACUCUCAUUAUCGACUGGGACAACCACACAACGACGGAAUCUAUAAAUUUUUUGAAAGUAUGGAAGAAAAAGAAAUUUAAGGAUACAAAAUGUCUGGCCACGGAGGAUGAAACAGAUAACAGUUACCUGGACAUCGGUGAGGAUAUGAAUGUGCCCGAUGACUUCACCCAGAGUGAACUUCAAACAGGAAAGUGGUGGAGACAUUUGUUAGCCGGAGGCAUUGCAGGCGCAGUUAGUCGGACUUGCACAGCACCCUUAGAUAGAUUAAAAGUAUUUUUACAGGUAAACCAAAAUAGAGAGAACAUGAGGAAAUGUUUGAAUAAAAUGAUUGGUGAGGGUGGAAUUACUGGAAUGUGGAGAGGAAAACGGUAUAAAUGUUAUAAAAAUAGCUCCAGAAUCCGCCCUCAAGUUCGCCGCCUACGAACAAGAGCUACGGCUGGGGCGAUCAGUCAAACUGUCAUCUACCCCUUGGAGGUGCUCAAGACGCGGUUAGCGCUUAGGAAAACAGGUCAAUACAGUGGUAUUGCAGAUGCGGCUAAAAAAAUAUAUGCCAGGGAAGGAUUAAAUGUUUCUAUAAGGGUUACAUUCCAAAUAUUUUGGGGAAUCGUGCCGUACGCUGGAAUCGACCUAGCGGUGUACGAGACUCUAAAGAAGAAGUACAUCAGUACGUACCAGGCGCACAACGAACAGCCUGGCAUGUUGCUGCUGUUGGCGUUGGGGAGUACCUCGUGCACGCUUGGGCAGGUGUGCUCGUACCCUCUGGCGCUGAUUCGUACUCGAUUGCAAGCUCAAGAGACUACUGCGAAAGGCGUCGAGGGCACAUUGAGGAGCACCGUCCGCGACAUAAUCCAGCGGGAGGGCUUCCGCGGACUGUACGCGGCAUCACGCCCAACUCUCAUCAAGGUGAUCCCUGCGGUGUCCAUCUCGUACGUGGUGUACGAGUAUGCGAGCCGGUCGCUCGGCGUUCAACCAUGA